CUGACUGGUUCUGCUGCUUCAACUUCAUCUAUUCUAACCUAGUAGGCGCCAUGUCGCUAGCUUUAGAAAACGCCCAGGCCCAAUGGCUCGAGCAGCUUGACGCUAUGCGCAAAGCUAUAGCCGACUUAGAUCUCUCUGCUGCUGAGUGUGGCCCUGCCUAUGGAGAUGACCUGAAUCUGGACGACGAUGACUUUUCUGGAGUGGCUAGUGGUGACGAUGUCUGGGACGUCAUUAGCGAUGAAUAUGAAGAAGAAUACAGCAGCGAUAACCUUGACGACGAUGUCGGCAGGCAUGCUGGUGGAGGGCUCUAUGACCAACUGUGGUUGGCCGACCGUUGCUCCAUUGUUGCAGGGAGAAGCUCUGGCUUAGAUGCAAACGCCUUGAAGGCGCAGAUCCUAGCGAUCCUGGCCAGCGAUAGUAACAACGAGGAGCUGCAAAUGAUGCUUGCAGACAUUGUUGGAUACGACGAGUUAGACCUUGUCGCUGAUCUGAUUGCACACCGACGCGACAUUACCACGUCACCGCCUGUGCCUGUCUCAAAGAACGGAGUCAUAGGCCGGCUGCAGACGCGAGAGGAGAGGGAAGAAGCCCUCCAGAGGCAAGACUACGAACACAAGCAUGCCUCGCUUGCACCGAGACUCAAUCGCGAGGGCCCUCAAUACCCGCAUGUCUAUCGAACUCACGAAGCGGGAAAUAAGCUCUCAGCUUACGGCAAGAAAUAUGCCCUUCCUCCGGAUAGCAAGCAUGAAGACCAUCAAACCUACGAAGAGCACACAAUUCCAGCUGCUCCUGUGGGAACGAUCGGUGCCGGCCGCAAGCUCGUCGAGAUCAAAGACAUGGACGGUCUUUGCAAACGAACCUUCAAGGGUUACAAGUCUCUGAACAGAAUGCAGAGUUUGGUCUACCCCGUCGCAUAUUCAACCAGUGAAAAUAUGCUUAUCUGUGCCCCUACUGGAGCCGGUAAGACUGAUGCCGCAAUGCUGACGAUACUGAAUGUCAUUGCCAAAAACCUCGUUCCAAAUCCGAUCGAUGAACCCGAUGCCACCAACUUCACUGUCCUUACCGAAGACUUCAAGAUAAUAUAUGUUGCGCCCAUGAAGGCUCUUGCCGCCGAGAUCACAGGGAAGCUUGGAAACCGUCUAGCAUGGCUCGGUAUUCAGGUUCGCGAACUUACCGGAGAUAUGCAUCUCACCAAGGCGGAAAUAGUACAGACUCAGAUCAUCGUCACAACCCCAGAGAAGUGGGAUGUUGUCACACGCAAAAGUACCGGAGACACUGAGCUUGUUCAAAAAGUUCGCCUGCUCAUUAUCGAUGAAGUGCAUAUGCUCCAUGAUGAGCGCGGCGCGGUUUUAGAGAGUUUGGUCGCGAGAACUCAGAGACAGGUGGAGAGCACACAAUCGUUAAUUCGCAUCGUCGGCUUGUCUGCAACCCUCCCGAACUAUGUGGAUGUAGCCGAUUUCCUGAGAGUCAACAAGAUGGCUGGAUUAUUCUACUUUGACGCCUCCUUCCGGCCAGUACCACUUGAACAGCACUUUGUUGGAAUUAAAGGGAAACCCGGAACUGCUAAGGCAAGGGAAAACAUGGAACAAGUGGCUUUCGACAAAGUCGCAGACAUGCUCAAAUUAAGUCAUCAAGUUAUGGUCUUCGUCCAUUCCCGAAAAGAUACUGUCAAGACAGCGAGGAAUCUUUACGAGAAAGCUGUCGAUCAGCAGCUUUCGGACCUAUUCGAUCCUACUCUCCACCCGCGUUACGAUCAGGCCUUACGAGACAUGAAGCAAUCCAAAGGGCGGGAACUUCGCGAGUUGCUCCCAAAAGGAAUAGGCACGCAUCAUGCGGGUAUGCCCCGCUCAGACCGAAACCUCAUUGAACGACUUUUUGCCGAGGGGGUUCUUAAAGUUCUCUGCUGUACGGCGACUCUAGCCUGGGGUGUCAACUUGCCGGCCGCGGCCGUUAUCAUUAAGGGCACGCAGGUUUACAAUGCGCAGGAAGGUCGUUUUACUGACCUUGGAAUCCUGGAUGUCUUGCAGAUUUUUGGCCGUGCUGGCCGUCCGCAGUUCCAGGAUACUGGCAUUGGUUUUAUCUGCACGAUGCAUGACCGGCUUGACCACUAUCUUCGAGCUGUGACCGAGCAGCAGCCGAUUGAGUCUCGGUUCUCGACGAAACUUGUGGACAACCUCAACGCAGAAAUCUCGCUAGGAACUGUCUCCACUGUGCAAGAAGCAGUGCAAUGGCUUGGCUAUUCUUACCUUUUCGUCCGGAUGCAGAAGAGCCCGCUCAAUUAUGGAAUUGAGUGGGCAGAGAUACGGGAUGAUCCGCAACUUGUUCAACGGAGACGCAAGUUGGUCAUCGACGCUGCACGGGUAUUGCAAAAGAGCCAGAUGGUGAUUUUCAACGAAGUCACAGAGGAUCUACGCUCUAAGGACGUUGGUCGCAUCGCUAGUCAAUACUAUGUUCAGCAAUCCAGUAUUGAGAUCUUCAAUUCCUUGAUGAGGCCACGGGCAUCAGAGGCUGAUGUUCUCGCCAUGAUCAGUAUGAGCGGAGAAUUUGACAACAUCCAAUCCCGAGACACUGAGGAGAAGGAGCUUUUCCGACUCAAAGAUGAAGGGUAUGUGGCCACAGACGUAAAAGGUGGUAUCGAUACGCCCCAUGGGAAGACGAACAUCCUUCUGCAAUCACACAUUUCCCGCGCUCGACUGGAAGACUACACCCUUGUGUCCGAUACGAACUAUAUCACGCAAAAUGCUACCCGGAUUUGUCGUGCUCUUUUUAUGAUUGCUCUCAACCGACGCUGGGGCUAUCAGUGUCUUGUUUUGCUCAGCAUCUGUCAAUCAAUUGAGCGACAAAUAUGGCCAUUUGAGCACCCUUUGCAUCAAUUUGAUCUUCCGCAGCCAGUAUUGCGAAACCUCGACGAGAAGAGCGCCAUUUCAUCAGUCGAAGCUCUGCGCGAUAUGGAGCCUGCGGAAAUCGGACAGCUUGUCCACAACCAUAAAAUGGGAAACGUCAUCUCCAAGCUGCUAGACAACUUUCCAACAUUGAGCGUCGAAGCCGAAAUAGCACCCUUGAAUAGGGAUGUACUCCGUAUCCAACUAUUUCUCACUCCGGACUUUCGGUGGAACGACCGUCACCAUGGAACCUCCGAAUCGUACUGGAUCUGGGUCGAGAAUUCGGAGACCUCAGAGAUAUAUCACUCCGAAUACUUUAUCUUAUCGAGAAGAAAGCUGUAUGAUGACCAUGAGCUGAAUUUCACAAUUCCUCUCACAGAUCCACUUCCUUCGCAAAUCUAUGUUCGUGUUGUGUCCGAUCGCUGGUUAGGCGCAGAGACAGUGCAUCCUGUGUCUUUCCAGCAUCUUAUUCGACCUGAUACAGAAAGCGUAUACACCGACUUGUUAAAUCUACAACCAUUGCCGAUUUCGGCACUCAAGAACACCCUUCUUGAGGAACUGUACGCCAAACGUUUCCAGUACUUCAAUCCCAUGCAAACACAAAUUUUUCAUUGCUUAUAUCACACUCCGGCAAAUGUUCUCCUAGGAUCUCCUACAGGGAGUGGAAAGACUGUUGCCGCAGAACUUGCCAUGUGGUGGGCGUUCCGAGAAAAACCAGGCUCUAAAGUGGUAUACAUUGCUCCCAUGAAAGCUCUUGUUCGCGAACGAGUGCAUGACUGGGGGAAACGUCUUGCAGUCCCAAUGGGGUUGAAGCUUGUUGAGUUGACAGGCGAUAACACUCCGGAUACUCGUACUAUCCGCGAUGCAGAUAUCAUCAUUACUACGCCUGAGAAGUGGGACGGCAUCAGCCGAAGCUGGCAGACGCGUGGUUAUGUUCGACAAGUCGGCUUAGUCAUUAUUGAUGAAAUUCACCUGCUUGGCGGUGACCGUGGACCGAUUCUCGAAAUUAUUGUCUCCAGGAUGAACUAUAUUGCUUCACAAAGCAAAGGAUCUGUCCGGCUUCUUGGCAUGUCAACUGCUUGCGCGAAUGCUACCGAUCUUGGAAACUGGCUUGGCGUAAAGGAAGGGUUGUUUAAUUUCCGGCAUUCAGUCCGCCCGGUGCCGCUGGAAAUUUUCAUUGAUGGCUUCCCGGAACAGCGAGGCUUCUGUCCGCUUAUGCAAAGCAUGAACCGGCCGACCUUCCUUGCAAUCAAGUCUCACUCUCCAGAGAAGCCAGUCAUUGUCUUCGUUGCUUCCCGGAGACAGACUCGACUUACAGCUCGAGACUUGAUAAACUUCUGCGGUAUGGAGGACAACCCGCGGCGCUUCCUACACAUGCCGGAAGACGACCUUGCCCUUUAUCUAUCGCGGGCUAAAGAUGAUGCACUCCGUGAAGCUCUUAGCUUUGGUAUCGGUCUUCACCAUGCUGGUUUGGUGGAAUCUGAUCGCCAACUGUCCGAAGAGCUCUUCGCAAAUAACAAGAUUCAGAUACUGAUUGCUACUAGUACGCUAGCUUGGGGUGUUAAUCUUCCUGCUCAUUUGGUUGUCGUGAAGGGGACUCAAUUCUUCGACGCAAAGACCGAAGGGUAUAAAGACAUGGAUCUUACAGAUGUUCUUCAAAUGCUGGGUCGUGCAGGUCGCCCGCAGUUCGACUCCUCAGGGAUUGCUCGCAUCUUUACUCAGGAUGCUAAGAAGGAAUUCUACAAGCACUUCUUACACACUGGGUUCCCCGUUGAGUCAUCCUUACAUAAAGUUCUCGACAACCAUCUUGGCGCAGAAAUAUCCGCGGGAACGAUUGCUACUAAGCAGGACGCACUUGACUACCUGACUUGGACAUUCUUCUUCCGGCGAUUGCACAAGAACCCAUCAUACUACGGACUCGAGAUAUCGGCUGAAGAGCACAAUACCAUUGCCGCACAAACUUUAGCGAAUGAUUACAUGGUCGAAUUGGUCGAGACUUCAUUGAAAGAGCUCGCCAAAUCGUCAUGCAUCUCUAUACGCGGUACUGGUGACAUUGACUCGACGGCAUUAGGUAAGAUCAUGAGUUAUUACUACCUCUCUCACAAGACUAUUCGGCACCUGGUCAAGUACGCCAAGCGUGACGCAACAUUCUCCGACGUCUUAUCCUGGGUCUCGCACGCUAUCGAAUAUGACGAGCUUCCUGUUCGCCACAAUGAAGACCUUAUUAACGCAGAGAUGUCGGCUGCUCUUCCGCUCAAAGCUGAUGACUUCGGCUUGCCCAUGUGGGAUCCCCACGUUAAAGCCUACUUGCUGCUCCAAGCGCAUUUCUCUCGGAUCGACCUGCCAAUAUCCGACUAUGUGGGGGAUCUAAACAGCGUCCUUGAUCAGAGUAUUCGUAUCGUACAAGCAAGCAUAGAUGUGCUGACUGAGCUGGGAUAUUUUUCGAGCUGCGAAAUGAUGAUUACGUUACUCCAGUGCAUUAAAUGCGCGCGUUGGCCGACCGAUGGACCUUUGGCUAUCUUUCCAGGCGUUGAUAUCGAGAAGGAGAAGAAGAGAAUGGAACACCCGAAAGCUACCCCGAAGUCCUUGGUCGAGGCUACAACUACCCCAAACGCCGUCCUCGAGACAGCCGCGCGUUUCGCAGGAGUGAAACCCGAAGCAACGAAACGGUUCCUAGAACCAGCCGGGCGCUUACCAAGCAUCAAUGUCGACGCACGGGACAUAAAUGCCACCAAUAUUUCCGUUCAACUCUCUCGCGUUAACGUAGCGCGCAUGACCGCCGGUGGCGUACGGAUUUUCGCACCGAGGUAUCCAAAGCCGCAGACUGAGGGCUUCUUUGUCGUUCUUAGUUACCCUAGUAGCGAUGAGAUGAUAGCUUUGAAACGCGUGGGCUGGAACACGGCUGCUAGAGGAAAUACAACUAGCACGAGACUGCAGGCUAUAGCCAAGAUAAACUUGCCAGAAGACACCCAGGGGAAGAAACUUGAUGUUACAGUCCUAAGCGAUGCAUAUAUUGGUAUGAAGUGGAAAGAAGAGGGUGUGGAUGUCCCAAAGGUGCCGGUCGUAGAGGAUGGGAAGGUCAAGGGGAAGGGAGGCUGUGACUAAUUAGUUGGGACUGUGCUUUUCCUUUGAUGCUGGAAAUCUUCCGGGUGAGGGCGGGGACGUCAUAAUCUUGGUUUCAGGCCAUUCAAUCGAACGAAUAUUUGAUUAAGCAAUCAUGAUAUUCAUACCUUAGAUACGGAGAGCCUAUUGAGCUUUCAUCUCGGUGGCAGCCAGUUCUUCCUGGCUCCUAGAACAUUGCAGAUGAUAAGCUCCGAUCCAGACGCUCGAUGGUGAAUGUAUAGGACACAUUCCAUAGUACUUUCGUACAAUACUUUGCAC